GCACCAGAAAAAAAAAAGUUUCUGAAGCUUACUGCUCAACCAUUCUUCACCGCCAUUGCUCCUUUCAUUUAUAGAGUAUAAAAACUUCAGCUAGCGUUUACUAAUGGUUGCUAUUGGCUCAAAAGCUCUACCGUUGAGAAGACCUAGAAACCGUGAUUCAAUAACCGAAUGCGGUAUGGCCGGAGAGGAUAAUACUUACAACCAUGGUGGAAGAAAACGAAACAUGGGUCGGAAAUCAAUGAAGAAAACUAAAGGUGCCGAAUCUGGUGGUGCCGCCAGUGGAACUCACAAAUCCGAACAAUACUCAAACAAUCAAGAAUCUUCUGUGCCACACACAUCCUUUUUAAGACAACAGGUUGAUCCUGAAACAGCAAAAUACUUUGCGGAGAUUUCAAACGUUAUCGAAGGUACUGAAAUUGAUAUGGAAGAACGAUCGUCUAUUUGCGGCAAUGCAUUGGAAGAAACUAGAGGGAAAGAAGUAGAACUCGCAACUGAUUAUAUCAUAAGUCACACUUUGCAAACGCUUCUUCAAGGGUGUGCGUUAGAUCCACUUUGUACCUUUUUACAAAACUGUUCAAAAGAUUUCUCUCAAAUUUCCAUGGAUAGAUCCGGAUCACAUGUGGCUGAAACUGCUCUCAAGUCUUUAGCGGCACAUGUUCUAGAAAACGGGACCCAGUCUCUUAUUGAAGCGACUUUGAAUGAUAUUUGUCAGGCGAUUGUUGUUAAUCCUGUUGAUGUGAUGGUUAACUGUCAUGGAUCACAUGUUCUUCGAAGUCUUCUUUGUCUUUGUAAAGGGAUGCCGUUAGAUUCAUCGGAUUUUCACUCGAAGAAGUCAUCUGCUGCUCUUGCACAACGGUUGAAUUUCAAGUCUUCUCGAUCCGACGGAAGUGGGUCCCACGGAUUGCAUCCAGGAUUUCCUGAUAUGCUAAAGUUUCUCGUCUCGGAGAUACUUAAAGCUGCUAAAAAAGAUAUUGAACUCUUGCAAGUUGAUCAAUACGGCAGCUUGGUUUUACAGACUGCUUUAAAGUUAUUGGCUGGAAACGAGCAUGAAUUGAAGCAUGCGAUUCCCGUUAUUCUUGGCUUCAAAGGAAACGUUAUAGACAACAAUAUUGUCAAAAGACUUUUGAGUUUAGUGAAACAACCUGCUUUUAGCCACUUGAUGGAGGUCAUCUUGGAAGUUGCUCCUGACACCUUGUACAACGAGUUAAUAUCAAAGGUUUUCAAAGAUUCGUUAUUUGAGAUGUCUUUGCACCACUGUGGGAAUUUUGUUAUCCAAGCGCUAAUCUCUCAUACUAGAAAUGAGGAUCAUGUGGCGCUGAUCUGGAAUGAACUUGGCAAAAAAAUUAAAGAUAUUUUCGGAAUGGGAAAAUCUGGAGUUGUUGCUUCUCUUCUUGCUGCAUGUCAUAGGCUUAAUACUCAUGAACAACAAUGUUGUCAAGCUCUCAUUAGUGCUGUAUGCAUGGAAAAUGAGCCCCCUAGAUGCAUUGUUCCUCGGAUACUAUUUCUUGAUAAUUAUUUUUACUGCAAGGAUAAAUCCAAAUGGGAAUGGCCGAGUGGUGCUAGAAUGCAUACAAUCGGGACGUUGAUUCUUCAGACGGUUUUUCGACUUCCUACCGAUUUCAUUCAUGCGUUUAUCUCGAGUAUGACAUCUUUGGAAGAAAAUCAACUUCUUGACACCACAAAGGACUCCGGUGGGGCCAGGGUUAUUGAAGCUUUUCUUAAUUCUGAAGCUUCUGGAAAACAAAAGCGUAAAUUGAUCAUCAAAUUCAAAGGGCAUUUUGGAGAACUUUCAGUACUUCAAUCGGGUGCCUUUACAGUAGACAAAUGCUUUGAUGUGAGUAGUGUCGCUUUGAGAGAAACGAUCGUAUCAGAAAUGUUAGAAGUGCAAGCAGAGCUUUCAAAAACAAAGCAGGGCCCACAUCUCUCGAGGAAAUUUGAUCUCGACGGGUAUGCAAAACGACCCGAUCAAUGGAAGUCAAGACAAACUUCAAGAGAAUCUACAUACAACGAUUUCAUUUCUACUUUCGGAUCAAACACAACAAAAUCGUCAUCAUAUAAAGAAGCAAAUUCAACACACGAUCGUCCAAAAUCACAGCAAGAGAAGCUCAAAGAUAUGCGGAAAGAGAUUAAUGCUCAACUAACUUCUUCUCACACUCCGUUCCUUGCUAAUAAACCGUUUAAAUCCUCGGGCCAAAAACGCCACUCAGAUGGAAACGAAAACCGUCCGGCGAAAUUCACCAAACACACCACGGAAGACGUUGCAAAAAGCAAAAAAUCACAUCGGAAAAGAAAGCUUGACGGUUGACUUCAACUGAAGCGUAACCAAAGGUGUAAGAUUGUUAUCUUAUUUAUGUUUUCAGUUAUGAUGGUUAAAAGUGUAAUAGAUGACUAGUAUUCACAUUUCUAAAGUCUAAACUGCUUGUUACAUAUAAGUUGGAAUAUGAAGUUAUGAACUACUUUAAGAUAA